AUGUCCACAGGUGAUUUGACGCUGCAACCGCCCGCCGAUGGGAUUUCUUCCCUCACCUUCUCUCCGGACUCGACCAGGUUAUUGGUCUCAAGUUGGGAUGGGACAAUACAAUUACACCACCUCGUCGCUCCUCCUCAACCACCCGUCAUCUUCUCCCACCCAGCUGCUGUUCUGACAGCUACCUUCGGCUCAUCAUCGACCGUAGCUUUCUCAGGUGGCUUAGACAAGAGAGUCAGGCAGUGGGAUUUUGAGACUGGACAAUGUAGAGUAUUGGGUAAACAUGAUGAUACGAUUUCAAGUAUAGUUUGGUCUCCCGAGUAUAACGUCUUGAUCACCACUUCAUGGGAUUCGACCUUGAAAGUGUGGGACCCAUCCGCCGAAAUACCAUUACGUUCCACCCAAACUCUUCCGGCUAGAGCAUACAGCCUCUCCUACGCACCGAGAUCAUCUCGACUCCUAGUCUCCAUGGCUCACCGACAUGUCUUCGUCUACGACGUGGCUAAAUUAGCUGCCGCUGACGGGGAGAUCUCACCUUCGCAAGAGAGGGAGAGUGCUCUGAAGUUCCUAACUAGGAGUAUAGCCACUAUGGUGGAUGGUAAAGGUUGGGCAAGUGGUUCGAUCGAAGGUAGAAUAGCGGUGGAAUACUUUGAUCCAGCAGAUCAAGGUUCGAAAUACGCUUUCAGAGCUCACCGACAGAAUGUAGAUGGAGUAGAUUGCGUUUACCCAAUCAACGCUUUGGCCUAUCAUCCUAUACACAACACUUUCGCAUCGGGUGGAUCGGAUGGAUGUAUCUCGAUAUGGGACCACAACGCCAAGAAGAGAAUGAAGCUGUAUUCCAAAUACCCAACCUCGAUUUCCGCAUUGGCUUUCUCACCUGAUGGAAGUAAGCUGGCUAUCGGUGCAAGCUACGAACAUGAUAAUGCGAUAAGUAAACCUGAAGAUCAAGGCAGAGUGAUGGUCUUGAUCAAAGAUACAGUCAUGGAGGACUGUAAGCCAAAAGCAAAAGCAUAG